AUGUAUAGAUUGCCUACUAGUGAUGAGGGUGACUGUUACCUGUGUGUUCCGCCUGACCCGGGCAUUGAGACUGCUUCUCUAGGUGCUGGUGAGGCUGCUGCUCUAGGUGCUAGUGCGUCUGCUGCUCCAGGUGCUGGUGAGUCGGCUGCCCCAGGUACUGGUGCGUCUGCUCUCUCAGGUCUCUACCUCCCCUCGUUCUCUACGAACUUGGUGAGUGGUGCUGAUCUACAGGAUGGGGGGGUUGACCAGUUCACUCCUGCGAGUCAGCGGGUGACCCACUGCACGUGUGCUCGGACGGGCCGACACUUGGCCACGUUUACCCGUCAGCCGGGGUCGAGCCUGUACACACUGACUACUGAGUCUCCUCCGGUUGCUGAGUCUGGUCAGGUAGCUGCGUCGAGUCAGCACCACCGCCUUGGUCACCUCUCCCUGCCUCGUCUCCGAGGCAUGGCCUCCCGUGUCCUUGUCUCUGGUCUCCCCCGGUCCCUCCCUCCCCUCCCUCCGGGGCCUGCCUCUACCUGCAUUUCUUGCAUCGAGGGGCGGCAGCGCGCCGCCCCUCACUCCUCCGAGUUUCCUCCGACAGAGGCUCCGCUGCAGACUCUUCACAUGGACGUGUGGGGCCCCGCCCGCAUCCGUGGCCAGGGUCACGAGCGUGACUUCCUGUUGGUGGUUGACGACUACUCGCGUUACACCACGGUGUUCCCCUUGCGCAGCAAGGGUGACGUCACUGAGGCGUUGAUCGACUGGAUCCGCGCAGCUCGUCUCCAGCUCAGAGAGAGUUUCGACUCGGACUUUCCUGUUCUGCGUCUGCACUCUAACAGAGGCGGGGAGUUUUCCUCUGCCCUCCUAGGAGCCUUUUGUCGUGCACAGGGCAUCUGCCAGACCUUCACGCUUCCGGCCUCUCCACAGCAAAAUGGGAUUGCUGAGCGCCGCAUUGGCAUGGUCAUGGACGUCGCUCGUACGUCCAUGAUCCAUGCGGUUGCUCCCCAUUUUCUGUGGCCGUUUGCGGUUCAGUACGCAGCGCAUCAGAUCAACCUUCAGCCCCGGGUCUCCUUGCCAGAGACCUCCCCCACCUUGUGGUGGAUGAGGAAGGUUGGCGAUGCGUCCGCGUUUCGUGUCUGGGGAUCUCGGGCGUUUGUCCGCGACUUGUCUGCGGACAAGCUUUCCCCCCGUGCUGUUCCCUGCGUCUUCCUUAGCUUCCCCCCUGACGCGCCUGGUUGGAAGUUUUACCACCCCACCUCGCGCCGUGUUCUGUCCUCCCAGGACGUCACCUUUGACAAGUCGGUGCCUUACUACCAGUCCUCUCUUCCUGUUCUUGCUGACCACGGCCCUGUCGCCACCUGCGGCCCCGUCGCCCGCUGCGGCCCCGUCGCCAUCUGCGGCCCCGCCACCUUCGGCCCCGUCGCCACCUGCGGCCCCGUCGCCCGCUACGGCCCUGUCGCCUACCUGCGACCCUACGGCCCCGUCGCCUACCUGCGGCCCUACGGCCCUGUCGCCUACCUGCGGCCCCGGCCCCGUCGCCUUCCUGCAGCCCCGGCCCCAUCGCCUACCUGCGGCCCUACGGCCCCGUCGCCUACCUGCGGCCCUACGGCCCCAUCGCCUACCUGCGGCCCCGGCCCCGUCGCCUUCCUGCGGCCCCCGCCCCGUCGCCUACCUGCGGCCCCGGCCCUGUUGCCUACCUACGGCCCCGUCCCCUACCUGCGGCCCCGUCGCCUCACUACGGCCCCGGCCCAGUCGCCCACUUGCGGCUCCGCCCUCGUCACCUAA